UCACCAGCCAAAGAACCCGCCGGCUGGCUAUGGCUUAGGGCGCAAGAGGGGUCAGCCUAGAGGUUACGGAAAGGGGAAAGGGCGGCUAACUGAGUAAAAGAGAACCCCGAAGAAAAACCAAACGAUGAGUUUCCACAAAGAGGACGGAGUAAGCAGCCUGUGCCAGAAGGCGCUGCACAUCGUCACCGAGCUGUGCUUCGCAGGCCAGGUGGAGUGGGAGAAGUGCUCGGGCAUCUUUCCCCCUGACAGGGGCAGCCAGAGCGGAGGCAGCACAGAUAUUUCAGUCAGCCUAUUAGCAGUUGUCGUCAGCUUCUGUGGCCUGGCCUUGCUAGUUGUCUCACUUUUUGUCUUCUGGAAGUUGUGCUGGCCAUGCUGGAAAAGCAAACCUGUGACCCCCAAUGUCAGUACCCUUCCACAGAGCAUUUCAAAUGCUCCUACUGAAGUUUUUGAGACAGAAGAGAAAAAAGAGGUUAAAGAAAAUGGAAAGCCAGCACUAAAAGCUAUUGAGCCUGCAAUAAAAAUCAGCCACACUUCCCCUGAUAUCCCAGCAGAAGUCCAAACUGCUUUAAAAGAACAUUUAAUUAAACAUGCACGUGUGCAAAGACAAACUACUGAGCCUACGUCUUCAUCCCGCCACAAUUCCUUCAGGAGACAUCUACCAAGGCAAAUGCAAGUGUCCAGUGUUGAUUACAGUAUGGGCACUGAACCUGUUUUACAAAGAGGAGAAACAACCACCAGCAUUGGGAGGAUAAAACCAGAGCUGUACAAACAGAAGUCAGUUGACUCCGAGGGCAACAGAAAAGAAGAUGUCAAAACCUGUGGGAAACUUAACUUUACCCUGCAGUAUGAUUAUGAAAAUGAACUUCUAGUUGUCAAAAUUAUCAAAGCCCUAGAUCUUCCUGCUAAAGACUUCACAGGAACAUCUGACCCUUAUGUGAAGAUGUAUCUUCUUCCGGAUAGGAAAAAGAAAUUUCAGACCCGUGUACACAGAAAGACUUUAAAUCCUCUGUUUGAUGAAACUUUUCAAUUUCCAGUAGCAUAUGAUCAACUAAGCAACCGAAAACUCCAUUUCAGUGUAUAUGAUUUUGACAGAUUUUCUAGACAUGACAUGAUUGGCGAGGUGAUUCUUGAUAACUUGUUUGAAGUCUCUGAUCUCUCCAGGGAAGCCACAGUCUGGAAAGAUAUUCAUUGUGCUACCACAGAAAGCAUAGACCUGGGUGAAAUCAUGUUUUCCCUUUGUUAUUUGCCCACCGCUGGUCGUAUGACAUUGACCGUGAUCAAGUGCAGAAAUCUGAAGGCAAUGGAUAUCACCGGCUCAUCAGAUCCAUAUGUCAAAGUAUCACUGAUGUGUGAGGGUCGAAGACUGAAAAAGAGAAAAACAACUACAAAGAAAAACACUCUAAACCCUGUGUACAAUGAGGCUAUUAUUUUUGACAUCCCUCCGGAGAACGUGGACCAGGUCAGCCUCUCCAUUGCAGUCAUGGAUUAUGAUAGGGUGGGACACAACGAGGUCAUAGGAGUGUGUAGAACAGGACUGGACGCUGAGGGUCUUGGGAGAGACCACUGGAAUGAAAUGCUGGCUUAUCACCGUAAACCAAUAACACACUGGCACCCCUUGCUGGAGCUACCUGGCCGGGCAACCAGUUUUGAUAGUCAAGGAUCCUGCUCUUCUCCCAAACCACCUUCCACACCAUAAUGCCUCCAAAAUAAGACCCUUAUGAUAAGGACCUAAGAUGAUGUGCUUAUUGGAUCAGAAAAAAAAGUGGAAGGUUUGAUUGAUUUCCUCAUUUAAGAUAUAUCCAUGUUAAUGAGCAAACUUGAUGUGUACUUUUUUUCAUUUACUUCUUUUCUGUUUUAUAACUUUGAACAUCUUAAUACGUUUUACUUGAAAACAAAUAGUCCUUAGUUAAAUAAGGCAUUUUAUCCUUCAUGUUAUAUGCCUAUUAGCACAAAGAGUGUUUUGAUAUGUUGUAAUCUUUGCAUAAGCAAAGAAAUACGUUUUUAAAAAUGAAUCCUCAUGUAUCUAAAAUUAAACAUAGUUCAUACUGCUGUUGUAUAAAGUAGUACAUGUCUCAUAAAUGUGGUUUUGAUUUUGUUCAACUGUGUUCCUUUCAUGUGUACAUGAUUCCAUAUAACUUUUAAAUGGACAUUUUUAAACUUAAUGUACCCAGCAUUAAGUUCUUGCACAUUCAGAAUAGUAUCACUUAUUAGAAAAUAGUUUUUUCUUUCAUUCUCAGCAAAUUACUUGUUGAAGUUUGGUUCUG